UGAAGCCUACUGAUGGCACUGCACUAGUUCUUCUUCAAGGCCCAGUAGCUUCAAUACUUUCUUAGCCUUAUUCUGUGCCCAAUUUGAGCAUGUAUUUGUAGUAUCAAAUAUCGAAUUUUGUGCCUUUGCUUAAUUUGAUACAUGCCAUAUUGAUAUUGCCAUACUCUUCCAAUGAAUUUAAGUUAAACAACCAAGACAAACAAUGCUUAUGAGCCUCUCCCACCACUUACUCAAACCCAUGAACCACUUAUUAGUUUCUUGGUCCAUCAAAAACUUUAAUUCAUGGGCAUUAGCUAUUAGAAAUAAUGUAUCUUCUCCACACAAAGUCUUAUACCUCUUUUCAAAAAUGCAUCGCUCAUCUGUCCCCAGUGACAGUUUCUCCAUACUUUUUACACUAAAAUCUUGUACCCAUUUGCAAAAUCUCACUGUUAUUCAACACCUCCAUGCCCACAUUGUCAAAAUAGGAUUCAGUUCUCACGUCUACGUUGCCACUUCUCUGCUCUACGCGUAUGUUCUCAUGUCUUUUGAGAAUGCUCGUGUCCUGUUUGAUGAAAUGCCUGAGAGAAAUACAGUCACGUGGAACACGAUGAUUACUGGGUAUUCGAGGUCUGGGGACGUAGAGAGUGCACGUGCUGUUUUUGAGGAAAUGCCAGUAAGGGAUGUUGCGUCAUGGUCUGCCAUGUUAGCUGCAUAUGUUAAAAAUGGCAAUUAUGUCCAGGCUGUAGCGGUUUUUCGAGAUAUGAUGGCGCAUGAGGGGUUAAGACCUGACCAAGUGACUCUAGGAUCAGUUCUAACAGGAUGUGCCCACAUGGGUUCACUUGGAUUGUUGGCUGGGAAAUCUGUUCAUGGGUUUAUGGCAAAGAAUGGGUGGGAGUUGAAUGUGGAACUUGGUACAGUUUUGGUUGACAUGUAUGCCAAGUGUGGCUUCGUGAAGACUGCUUGCCGGGUUUUUGGAUUGAUGCAAGAAAGGAAUGUCGUGUCUUGGACUGCUUUGAUUUGUGGUUCGGCACAACAUGGCUACAGCAAAGAAGUAUUGUCUUUGUUUGAGAUGAUGCAAAAUGCUGGAGUGAGGCCCAAUGAAUUGACUUUCACAGGGAUUCUAACUGCGUGUGUGCAUACAGGAUUAGUUGAUGAGGGUCGAAAAUAUUUCAAGAUGAUUGAAGAAUGUGGGUUAGAGCCAAGAAUCCAACAUUAUGGGUGCAUAGUUGAUUUGCUAGGUAAGGCAGGGCUGUUAGAGGAAGCAUAUGAGAUAAUUAGGACAAUGAAAUUUGAACCCAAUAUUGUCUUGUGGGGUUCAUUCUUAACAGCUUGUAGGGAGCAUAAGCAAUUUGGGAUGGCUGAGAGGGUAAUUGAUAAGGUCUUGAGUAUGAUAACGCCCGAGAAUAAUGGAGGGGUUUAUUCCCUUAUUGCUGAUUUGUACGUUUUGGGUGAGAAGUGGGAUGAAGCAGAGAGCCUUAGAAAAUUAAUGCUCAAAGAAAAUGUCAAGAAGGCUAGGGGUUCAAGUUUUAUCAGAAGCUGGUAAUAGAAAGUUUACCACUUAAUCUGUACUUGGGAACUAUAUUGAGUUGGUGAAACUAUUGACAACAAUGUGUCAACCUUGGAUUCAUGGAAGUAUCAACAUUGUUAGUUCUUUUGAAUUCUUUAUAUCGUAGAUGAAGAAGUGGAACAAGAUGAAGUGUAAUAAAAAGGAGGUCUAGGUAGCUUAUUCUCUGUGGCAACUGCAUUUUGGUCUGCGGUCGCAUACUUGCACAAAUUAUCAUUGUUUUUAAGCGAUCUCAAAGCUAAGUAGAAGACUGGCAGAUCAUUCAUGAUGGUUGGAUUUAGAGUACAAGUGGAUACUGACAUUCCCUGGUCGAAUAGCUUUUGGUCUUGAUACAUGGAUCCAGAUAUCUGCUGCUUGUGGACACUAAAUUUACUCGUCAAUGGAACUUUUGCAAACGUAAAUCUCUUCUUUUAA